CCGCCGAUCUAAUGUUAGGCGCCUCAAGGCGACACCGUGAUUUUGAGCAGACCACAACCACACGCCGGACACGUUCCCCACGCACCUUUGACCAUGACCGACGCGGUGCUGCCCGAGCUAUUCGACCCGAUGCUGGACUAUCUAGCCGACCACCUCCCACCGCAGUUGUACGAUACCGUCGAGACCCUGCUCACCCACACCUACUCCCUCUUCUCGUCGCUGUUCACGCUCGCUCGCACGAUGAUCUCGAACUCCCCUGUGACAUGGGAUAUACAGCAGAUCUUGCCACCCCUCAUCACACUACUCGCGGCAUACCUCGCCCUUGUGAGCUUCUACCGCACGACGAGCUGGAUGAUCCGCACCGCGUUCGCCUUCGCCAAGUGGGGCUUCAUCAUCACCACCCUCGGCGGGUUCGCGGGCUACAUGCUUGCAAAUGCGAACGCAGACGGCGGGAACGGCCUCGCUCAAUUCGGGAACGGCCUCCUCCCUACGCUGGGCGGCGUGCUCCUGGGCAUGUUCAACCCUGAUGCACAGAACAACGCGGGGCGCAACCAACGAGCAGGGCCCACCAGCCGGCCGCGCGCAAGGACAUCACAGCGCAAGAAGGGUCAAGAUCGUCCGAAGGCGUCGGAAUCCUGGGACAAGCAUCGCGAGUGGCAGUACAGCGAGCAGCAGCACCACCAGGCCGAUGGUGGGGACGGAGCUAACGCUCAGCAGAUCAUCGGCAACAUUAUCGGCUCGGCGGGGAAGGUCCUCAAGGAUUCAGGGAUAUGGGACAAGGCAAGGGAGGCAGCCGAGGGACUCAGUAAGAGCACGAAGGGCCAGAGUGAGGAGGGCUCAAGCAAGCGGAGGAAAGGUAAGGGAUCGGAGUCGGGAUAGAGCACACUGCAGUCGGGAUUUUGGUACGAAGUUUUUCUUUUGGGUAUAUAUGGUUCAUUGUGCGUUUCAUCUCUUCACCUCAAUGCUUCGUGUC